UGGCGGUAUAACCCACAUUUUCCAUCUGCUAGGCAGGGUCGAAAAGAUUGCGCACGCGCACACGUGUUUUCGGAAGAGAACGCUUUCUGGUUUAAAUACAUGUUUUUGACAAGCAGUGAAGGGUUGGUGGCUGUGCACAAUGAGCACAGAGCCGGCGAGCAUCGAGAGCCUGUGUGUGUUACACCAGAGCCAUGACUACAUCGUGGUGGACAAACACUGGGACAUCCGCAUCGACAGCAAGAUGUGGUAUGAAAAACUGACGGUGCAAAAGCAGCUUCAGCACCACUUUCCUCGUCUGGCGGAUCCCAGCACGUACUACGGAUUUAGGUUCUGUCAUCAGUUGGAUUUCUCCACCAGCGGAGCUCUUUGCGUGGCCCUCAAUAAAGCUGCUGCUGGUCGGGCUUAUCGCUGCUUCAAGGACCGAACUGUCACCAAAGCCUACCUCGCUCUGCUUCGCAGGUGGGUUGAAAACGAAACUCAAACUCUAGACUUCUCCAUCGGCAAGAACUCCACGGAGGGAAGAACACACACGAUGUGCACUGAAGGAACAGAAGGUUGUGAGAAUCCCAAGUCGUGCCUAACUGAGCUGACUGUGUUGGAGUACGGGUUGUAUGAUGGAGAGCCUGUCACCAAAGUGCUACUGCAGCCUCUCACUGGCCGAACCCACCAGCUGAGGGUCCACUGCAGCGCCAUUGGCCACCCUAUCGUCGGAGACUUCACCUACAGCCUCGGAGCGGACGACUCUCCGUAUCGAAUGAUGCUGCACGCCUACCUCCUCCACAUCCCUCUGGAAGCCCAGCCCCUCCUCGUGAAAGCCGGGGACCCCUUUGUCCCUACGGUCGACCCUAAAUGGGUCCCUCAGCGAUCGCUACGAACAUUAGAAGCCACCGUUGAAGCUGUGUUGGAGAGGAGAAAGACUAAAGAGAACGAGAGAGUGAGGGGAGAGGAGAGGACGAAACAAAGGAGUCAUCAGAAGGUGGAAGAGGAGACUGAAGAGCAGAGGGGGGUUUGUCAGGAGUGGCUGAGUGAAUGGGCUGGAGAUGAAUGAGGUCCCAUUUGUUUUUAAUCUACUUCUGCAUGUUGAGCAUGCUCACAGGGCCAGCAUUGGACUUAUUUUUUACAAGCAAAAUAAAAUGUUGUUUUAUUUCUAACAAGAAAAUUAAAAGUCAAGAAAGUGAAAGUAUGAGGAGUUUUAUGCAGCGUUAAAAUGAUGCAUCUUCCCUUUAGCGUUCAGCUGCCUUAGAAACUGCACUGACGCUGAGCAUCAGAUGUCUUCUUUGUUAGAAAGCUCAAUACUGGAUUUAAGGUUUUGGUCCCCCUUAACUUCCAUAGGCUUUUUCCUGUUGUCACAGAGACCGUUUUAGUAGAUUUCUGUCAUGUUUGGAGGAAGGUACUUAACCCAAGACAUGCAGAAUGCAACACAGACCAAAAACGGAUGGUAAAAAUGAUUUAUUUAUAAAGGAGGAACUUAGGAUGCACAGAUAAGUCUGUGGUUGGAACUGCUACGACAGCUCAGCGUCUGGAGGAGGGAGAACACAGGUGAGCAUAGGUUCUGAUUUCAAAGUCCAUUGUUGGCAGGCAGAGGUGUUCAGCAGACUUACUGUGGUGGGUGUAUGUGUUGGCUGGAGGAGGGAGAGGUAGAGAGCCGGGGGAAGCGCAGGAGAGGGAGCAGAGGUGGAGAGAAGCGGGGCGUCCUGGUGGAUGGGGCACUGGGUGAUAUGGUCCGUGUGCUGAAUAUCCAAAUCCUGGAGUAGAGGUCAGUAUCCAGUGACCGACAGGAAUCCUGAAGAAUGGUAAAAAAAAAAAAAAACACUACGAAGAGCAAAAAACACUACGAAUAUCAUCAAUCCUAGAAACACUAGAGGUAACUCGAGUGGCUGGCUACUACCAAAGCUGAGGCAAUCUUCCGGCGUCAAAUUGUGUCCUCCAUCCACCUUAAAUAGGAAAACACCCCGCUGAUUGCUGAUCAGGCAUGACAGAUUUCAGUAGCAUUCAUUCAUUCAUUUAAGCACCUUGUGAUUUUAAUCUAGACAGCUUCAUCUUCCCUUUCUUCUACAUAUUUGUGUUGUUCUAGAACAAUGUGAUAGACCACGGCUGAAUCCUGUAUGCGAUACGAGUCCCGUAAAUAAAAUCCUAUGUAAUGUGUACCCAUGUUUGUUAUUAAAUGUAUCUGGUCUGGAAA